AUGUCUGAUAUUCAUUUUAAAGUUGGAAAAGAACCUAAUGAAGAGGUAAUUCCUGCUCAUAAAUUUGUAUUGUGUGUGGGUAGUGCAGUGUUUGAUGCUUUGUUUAAUGGUGGAAUGGCUUCCAGUGAAAAUAUGAUAGAAAUUCCUGAUGUUGAACCUUCUGCAUUUCUAGCUCUUCUUCGCUUCCUGUACUCUGAUGAGGUUCAAAUUGGACCUGAAACUGUGAUGACUACAUUGUAUACAGCGAAGAAAUAUGCUGUACCAGCACUUGAGAGAGCUUGUGUUGAAUUCUUAAAGCGAAACCUGAGUAGUGAUAACGCUUUUCUACUGCUUACCCAGGCUAGAUUAUUUGAUGAACCACAGUUAGCUGCUUUAUGUUUAGAGACUAUUGAUAAGAAUACAACUGAAGCUCUGGUAGCUGAUGGUUUUACUGACAUUGAUAUUGAUACGUUAUGUGUUGUUUUAGAACGAGAUUCAUUGGGUAUUCGUGAGUGUAAACUCUUCCAUGCAGUUUGUCAAUGGGCUAAAGCUGAAUGCAUGAAAAAGAAUUUGACACCUAGUCCUGAAAAUCAACGCCAAGUUCUUGACAGAUCAUUAAGAUUAAUACGGUUUCCUCUUAUGACUGUUGAAGAGUUUGCUAUGGGUGCAGCUCAAAGUGGUAUAUUAGAAGAUCGUGAAGUUGUGGAGCUAUUUCUAUAUUUUACUGUUAAUCCUAAACCAAAUAUUAAUUUUCUGGAUGUACCAAGAUGCUGUCUGACUGGAAAAGAACAGGUUGUUUCGAGAUUUUGUCAGAUAGAAAGUCGUUGGGGCUAUAGUGGAACUAGUGAUAGAAUCAGAUUCAUGGUAAACCGACGUAUAUUUGUGGUGGGAUUUGGACUAUAUGGUAGUAUUCAUGGACCUACAGAGUAUGCUGUGAAUAUUCAGAUAAUUCACAAUGAUACUGGUAAAGUUAUGGGUAGUAAUGAUACAAGUUUUCCAUGUGAUGGUACAACUUCUACAUUUCGUGUCAUGUUUAAAGAACCAGUAGAAAUAUUACCAAACACUAGUUAUAUAGCUUGCACUACAUUAAAGGGUCCAGAUUCUUAUUAUGGUUCAAAAGGUCUUCGUAAAGUUACACAUGAAUCUGUUUCAAGUGGAAAGGUCACGUUUCAAUUUACGUAUGCUGCAGGAAAUAAUAAUGGAACAUCAGUUGAAGAUGGACAGAUUCCUGAGAUUAUAUUCUAUACUUAG